UGUAAUAACGUCAUACAAACACAAUGUAGGGAGAAAUACACCCAUCGCAGUCUUAACCAUUCAGGCUCUAUUCCUGAUGUGACAUGCAAUGAUGGUAUUUUAUUUUGCAAUCAAUCGUGCAAGGACUUGGAAGUGAGACUACUCUGUAGCAUAAAUGACACAGUGAUUGUUCCCGAGCCCGACCUUCACUGGUCAUUGAGUGAGAUUGACGGCGGUGAGGGCGCCCUUGGGGCUAUCGGCCCCUGGACCUGCAAAGAUACGGUUGAGCGAGUCGAACCAAUAAAUGGGUCGAUUGUGGGCGAGGUGGAGCAAGGCAAAUCGUUGAGGCAAGUAACUGGCCCGCCAUCUCAUGACAAACUCUGCGCAGUUAGAGCCAGGGUCCCUGCGAAGUUGGCGUUUAAGCCAUAUCUCAACAACUGCUUGACCAAUCCAGAAUGCUGCGAUUCCCACCACAGCAUCUCCGUCAUGUUCUGGUUUAUCAUGAAGGGGAACGAAACUCGGCCUCAGUUAUCUCCCCUCCACCUGUUUCGGUCCCCGUCCCUGGUCUGUACGGUACAGAACGGUAACUUUAUCGUGACGUACUUGCACGGGGAUACCGCGUGGGCUGUCGAUGAGACGCUAAUGCACAGUGGAUGGACCCACGUCACUAUAACGUUUGACCUCCUGAGCAAUCUUACAGUUUACUUCAAUGGUGCCGAAGUGGCUGAAGCAAUCCCGACGUCAUCUUCGACACAAUUCGAUGACGUCAUAAAAGGUUUCCAGACGGACAACACGUCCUUCUGGAUUCUCUCUUCAGAAGAGAAUGUAACGUCAUCAGAUAUUCCUCCAAUAGCAAUGACAGAUUUGAAGGUAUUUUACUCAGCCUUGUCUGCAUCUCAAACUCGUGACAUCUUCCGAAGUGAACAUGAAGAUACUUCGCCCCGGGUCCUGCGAAUGGCAGCGAGGAAGUUUACCUUCAUGGACUCCGUGGAAACAGACGUACAGGUUACCCACAUCAAGCUGUCCUGCCUGAUUCGAGGACCAUCCGAAGUCAAUGUCCGGUUCAUGUAUGAAAGCGACCACGGGUAUUUUGCCGAGGUUACCUCGAACGAGUUCUAUAUGCUGUCGUUCAGCCAAGAAGAGAAUGACCACCGCGUGAUAGCCGUCUUACAUAUUUACGGCAAAAAGGACGGUAAUGCUGGAUACCUCCCUUCCCGGUUCACCUGCGAAGUGGUAUCCGAUAAUCUUCUCAGCGCCUACGGAUAUCCGGUUAUACAAACACCCGCUCCAACCGAUCGCUGUACUAUCUCGGACAGGAACCUGGGGCAUGCUGAGAACAACGAAGAAUACGAUAUCUGCAGAAAUCCAAUAUACGCUGAAUGCAGGGCAACCCUUUUUCCAUCCCUCAAUUCUUAUCAACCGUGGUAUGAAUCAUCGGUUACAUUUGUACCGGAUUCGGAUUAUCCGUGUAACGAGAAAGGUAUCCGCUGCACCAGAGGAUAUUUCAGUCAGAACGUUCAAAAGUGUCCAGAUCUCAAGGUCCGCUAUGUAUGUCCCGUUAUCGAAUCUCCUGCAGAUGAAGUGCCUUCCACUAGUACCAGCACGACUGGUGCUACUCCCAGCAAUAAUGCGAACAAAAACACGGAUGGUAGUCAGACCACUACCAGGGGUGGCGGUGUGUCGUAA